UUAAGGAAAAGGUGAAUUGGUAUUAAAUUGUAUAAUUUAAUGUUUUGGGAAAAUUGAGGAUGUGAAAAGGUUUAAGAGAGAGGGAGUGAAUAAUUUGUGACAUGGAAGGGGUUGCAUUGGAAUACAGUGUUUGAUGAUGUUGAUGUUGUUGGUGUAGGUGUUGGUGUUUUUGUUUUUGGAAGGGCCACAAAAACAAACACAGGCUCGCAGUCACGCUGCUUUCUGCUUUUGUUCUGGUGCUCAGUAGUUUCUCCUCUGCACCUCAACCACUCUCUGCAACGCAACGCACACUGCUUAUCUCUUUCUCUCUUCUCUUUUUGCAGCAGACUGUGAUCUCAGCCUAAAUGCUGUAAUGGGGUAUUCUCAUCAACAUUGUUUGCCAUGGAUUCUGGAUUCCAUGAACAAGUCUUUUAGGGCUUUCUUUCUGUUAUAUUCUGUUCUGUUCUGUUCGUCUUUAAUUUCAUUUUCAUGAAUUCCAUCUUCUUGUUCCCUUUUUUCGAGCUGAACUGAUUUUUGAGGAAUGGAUGAAAUGCAAAAGCCCAGAAGCAUAUUCCCCACCCCUUUCUUUGCCUUUUACCAAUAACGGUUCAAUUCAACCCAAAGACCAAACCUUCAAAGUUGCUUUAGAACAUCGUUCCUUAUAUUAUACCGUUGGUCUUGUUCCUUCUCAAUAAAACUCCCGACAGGUCAAAACUUUAUCUUUUAUUAUUAUUUUUGUUGUUGUUGUUGUUUUUUCUUCCAUGUGGCUUCAUCAUCAUCAUCUUCUUCUGCUGGUUCUUCCUCUUCUACUAUGCUCUCCACUUCCCCUUGCCGGGGCUCAGUCUAGCGAAGCAAGGUCCCUUGAUGCGAUUCUGCAAGAAUAUGCCUACAGAGCUUUGGUCAGACCCAAAACGGGUACAAUUUACAAUGCUACAUCUCUGCUUCCUUCCAAUUUCACCGGGGUUAAGGUUGCCGCAUUGAGAUUAAGGAGUGGCAGUUUGAGGAGAAGAGGGGUUGUUCCCAGCUACAACGAGUUUGAGAUUCCCAUAGGGAUCAUUGAGAAGCCUUAUGUGAAGAGGCUGGUUUUGGUGUACCAAAAUUUGGGUAAUUGGUCCAAAAGGUACUACCCUUUGCCCAAUUACACUUACCUUGCUCCUGUUCUAGGACUCUUGGCUUACAAUGGCUCCAAUUUAUCAGCCACAAAUUUGCCAACCCUUAAUGUUAGCGCCUCUGCUGACCCUAUCAGGGUCAAGUUUGUGGAUGUCAGAGAUCCUCCUUUGGGUGCUGUGGCAAGAUGUGUUUGGUUUGAUUUGCAGGGUUCAUCCAAUUUCAGCAAUGUAACAGGAGGCAACACUUGCUCUACCUCCUCACAAGGCCAUUUAUCUAUAGUCGCCGAGACUUCUGUUCCUCCACCUCCGCCACCAUCAUUGCCACCACCAGUGUCUCCUCCUCCUUCUCCACCACCGCCACCACCAGUUGUGUCACAUGAGAGCAAUAGUAGCAACAAGGUUGGGGUUAUUGUGGGGUCGGUGUUAGGUGGAGUUGUGUUUUUGGUGCUGCUGUGUUUGCUGGUUUUGUGGGUACUAAAGUACAAACGAAACAAGAGAAUACAGCAGAUGGAAAGGGCUGCAGAUGCAGGAGAAGCCCUUCAUAUGGCCAAUGUUGGGGACACAAAAGCGCCUGCUGCCACGGUUACUCGAACGCAGCCUGCACUUGAGCAUGAAUAUGCACCCUGACACAUUGUUUUUGCACGAUCUUCACUUGCUGUUGUUCCACUCAAAUGUGCAAGCUCCGUUGCUGUAUUCAGAAAUUCUUCCAAACACCUCUUUUUGGUGGUUGUUUGCAUAGGCUCCUCUCUUCCCCUUGGCUAGUUUAUACGGGUGGUAAACGGUAAUAUAGAAUUUUUGUGUAAAGUAAACCUGUUUAUCCUUUUUAUGAUUCAUUGUGGUGUGAAUGUGUAUGUAGCUGCCCAAAGUGAUUCUAUUAUAUGUGAAGAAUUCAGUUGUUCCAUCGACAAGGAAUAAAAAUGUAGCUCCUACUUUUGGGAUAAUUUUUUACUAA